UGUGACAUGUGACUUUGCCAUGUGAUAUGUAUAGUACAGGAACAACAAUUAUACUCCACAGCCCAGGUGCGCGAGGAAUGUCGACUUGAUCUGAGAAUUUUGUUUGAAUUAUGCGGAUAACGGCAUGGAGUGGUGGAGGCAGACGUUUUACAUGAUUGUUCUUUAUGGUAUUGCAAUAUUUGCAACUAUUCGUCAGCUUCUGAGAGGCCACAAAAAGCCCGAAGACAUCUCAAGGCAUGAUGGAAAAGUUGCCAUAGUAACUGGUGGAGCAUCUGGCAUUGGUCUGGAAACGGCAAAGGCAUUCUGCAGAAAAGGAAUACAAGUAAUAAUUGGUUCUCCUCAUGCCGAGAAUGCAAAAAAGGCAAUUCAGGUCAUAAAAAAGGAAAAUGCCUUAGCUCGCGUGGAGUGGAUACCACUGGAUCUGUCUUCCCUCCAGUCGGUUCGGGACUUUGCUGAAACAUUUCUUAAUUCGAAACUACCUCUACACAUUAUAGUCAAUAAUGCCGGGGUCAUGAUGACUCCGUACCACAAGACGGCAGAUGACUUUGAACUGCAGUUUCAGGUCAACUACCUCGGCCACUACCUCUUAAUGAGACUCCUGUUGGAUAAACUGCACAACUCGGCUCACUCUAGGAGCUAUGCAAAGAUCAUCAACGUUUCUUCCAUUGCCCACUUCGGGGGCUGGAUGGACGCUUCACAUUUGCCAAAAAUUAUGCCAAAGAAAGAGUAUUCCCCUUACAAGGCCUAUGCCGACAGCAAACUAGCCGUUGUCUUGGGCACCCAAGAGCUCCAGCGUCGCAUCUACCGAGCCAGUCGCAGGGUCACGGUCAACAGCCUACAUCCAGGCGUAGUCGGCUCACAGCUCUAUCAGAAUAUGCAUCCGCUCAUUCAGAUGGCCAAGAUUGUUGUCUCUCAGCUAGGUCUGAUUUGGACCAUUGAGAAAGGCAGCGCCACAACCAUCUAUGCUGCUCUGUCGGACGAGAUGGAAGGCGUUGGAGGUUGUUACCUUGACAACUGUGGCUCGAUCGCGUCCAGCAGCCUCACCUACGACAGGAAGCUGCAGGUGGCCCUGUGGAAGGAGUCCUGCGAGUGGUGCAAGCUCCCUGCGGACAUCGCCAGUCACAGGUCCCUGAAGGAGAUGAACAACCACCACCAGUGUCAGCAGAACGGCAGGACGAGGAUGGGAUCGCAGUGACUCAGCCCCAGGCCUUUCAUUCAAUAUUCCUUCGCUGACAGUGUAAGUGGUAUUCAAAACACACCCGAUCGAAAUGCGUCCUGCAGUUUCGUUGUUGUGUCAUGGAGCGAUUCUCAAAAUAACAAUCAAUGUCAUUACAUUGGUGAAGAAUUGACAGUAAAACCAGAAGCUCUUUCUCUCUGAAGCUAUCAUGUUUUGUAAACAAGAGGAAUUUUCACUGCAAGAACUGCAGCAAAUUGCAAUAACUAAGAAUUGUGUCCAUAGUUAUUAAAUUAUUUCCUGGUAUGAAUCUUUUAUGAAUUUGAACCAAUCACAAUUUGUGAUCAUUUAAUGUACAAAAAGCUUUCUGGUUUUGCCGGUAAAGCAUUUGUCAUAUAUCGCCAUCAAUUUUGGAGGCAAAAUCUACUUUUUUGUAAGUCCAGCCUCCUGCUCUUCCUAAAAUUAAAGUUAGUUCCUUGAAAUAAUUUAUUUGCAUAUAUCAAUGCAUACCAAAGCAAUCCAUAUAUAAUAUAAGAAUUCACAUGUACGUAGUUUGCCAACCAAUACCUUUAUGUUUUUAUGCACAUUCCUACUCUUAUCUUUCUUAUUCAUACUUGAUUAAUUUAAAGAUAUCUUUGCAGCUGAUUUGUUUUUUAACAAUUAUAUAAGAAGAUGUAUGUGGAGAUGAUUUAAUACAUGGACAUUAUACAUGUAGCUUUUGAAUUUUUAAAAAGGAAAUCGCCAAUUUUUUACACUUUAGUGAAAGUUUUAUUUCAUAAAAAAUUUAAGUGACCUUAUAACCUUUUUUUAGGCAUUCAUUCUGUAAUGAACUACUAAAGGCUCAUAUGAGGUGCACAGUGAUCCGACUCACAAAUACUCCCAUUAAAUCAUCAUUAUAAUGGAGUCGCAAUUAAAAGUGAUUACCGGUAUAUAAUUGUUGAGGUGGGCUUCAUCAUUUAAUAGUAAUACAUGUACAAUGUACAUGUAAUUUUUUUAAAAAUUUUGAUUCAUGGAAGAUUAUUAUUAUUAUUAUUUAUUUUUAAAAAAAUAAAUAGUGCUUAUACUAACUACAAAUAUGAAGUAAGAUUUAAAAUGCUGCAAAAUACUGCUCAGGUAAAAAAUGUUCAUACUGAUGAAUGAUGUGCAUGUAUGCCACCACUGUGUAUUAUUAGGAUUAGUAAUUACUCAUACUCCAAAGCCAGGUACUUAUGUAAUCUUUUUGUAACACAUCCCCUUUCAUGUAGUAAGUAGUUUAAUCAAGUUUGGUAUCAUUUAUGAUUGCUCUAGUUCAUGGGCACAUGAAACAUGAAUUUACGCAUAUUUCUUGGCCAUUUUUAAAAUUUUGUAUGGAUUGUUUAAUCACAGGCAAAUCAGGGGAGGGUUGCUGAAAUGCACCCUUUCAACACCGAGAGAGAGAAGGGUAAUUAUGUUGUGGAGAGGGGGGGGGGGGGGACAUACAGGUAUUAUGUGAGACUUUGUUUUGUUCACUCACAAAGCGUAGAGAUGGGAGAGUUGGUCAUUGGACUAGAGGCAUCAGCAUUAUGUAUGAGGCUUAGACACCACACUCGCAUUGUCAAUUUGCAAGUUGCCUUUCUCUGUUCUGUAUGCGAACAGAGUCAGAACUAAUACAUGUAAUAUAUUGUGGCAUGAGUUUGGCCUUAAUCAACUUUCUCUGUUCUGUUUUUCUGAUCAACUUGCUAUUUAGACCAGAUUGUCCCCCAUGAAAUGUACAAUUAGUACUGACUUCAUAUACCAUUCCAUUUUUUUCUUCACUCAAAAUGCUGUGCAGAUGCAUGUAAAUGCAUUUCUACCAGAAUGUUGAUAAGAUAUAUAUCAUAAUUGAUGAAGUUGUGCUGCAUGGUGUUAUGGUUGCCUAUUUUCUUGUGUUGACAUUUCUAAAUAUGCAGUUUUGAGUUCUAGAACCGGUAAUCAUGAAAAUGAAUUCCACAAAAAGUCAGAAACCUGACAGAAUUUGAGUCAGUGUCAAAGCAAAAUUAACAGAAUAUAUAUGAUAGCCAAUAAACUGAGUCAGACAAGUUAAAAAUGAAAGAAAAACAGGGGAAAAAUGGAAGGUGGAGACUGGGGAGGUGUUUUGAAAGGUCAAUUUGUACACAUGUAUUCGAUGCAGGCUAUGCUAUGCGCAGUUGAGGCUUGUUUGCACACACAUUAAGUCAUGAAAUGAAUAGUCCAAAAGAGUUUUAGAAUUAUGAAAAAUUCCAAAUCAAUGUUCUUGCUGGAACUAAGGACUACGAAUAUAUACAUGUAUACAGUCAGUGUUUUAUUGAAUUCAGAUUUGAAUUCAUUCAUUCAAUUAUUCUUUCAUUCAUUUUUUUGUAUGAACUCGUACUUAACAAUACCUUUACUUAUGCUUUGUGCAGGCUUGCUUGUGUCUUUGUCUUUGCUGCAAGAUAAUUGACUGUAAUUGUAAAAUAUAUUCACACACAAAAUUUGGUGAUGCACUUUAAAUCUUUUUUGGUUGCAUAUCAUGUGAGUCGAUUAUGGCUUGAAAGUCUAUGUACGGAGCUACGGGCAUUUCAGUGUUUAUUGUCUUGAAUUAUGUAAUCAUGUUGUGACAUUGUAUUUUUGUACAACAUACAGUAUACUAGUUAUUCUGAAGAUGUGUUUAAUUAUUGCAUGAUUUUUCAGUUUACAUACAUGUAUCAUGUAUGUACUUAUUGUAUUAUCUCAUUUGAAUAAUAAAAGAUGAAUAUAUUUUAAAUUUAAAUUUAUUAUGUAAUGUCAAGUGCAUGUUCAUUCAUCUGGUAUAGUAAAUUUUAUUGUUGGAUGUAUAUCUGUGUGUGAAAAUUCUUUCUUCCAUUUGCUGAAAAAAUCUUACAUUGAAUACCGAGUAUUAAUAAGCUACAUGUAUGUGUAAUGAGUGUCGUGGCCGAGUGGUUUAAGGCGCUUGACUGGAGAUGCGAAGGUCGAGGGUUUGAAUCCUGACACGGCACUAAUUAUCCUUUGGCAAGAUAUUAACCUGAACUUGCUACUCUCCACCCAGGUGUUAAAUGGGUACCUGGUAGGAUGUGACCAUCAUUGUUGGUCAAACAGUUUUUGAGCGUCAAGUAACGUCUGGCUGGAAUGCUCCCCAGGGAGUGGAGAUUGUGCACACAGUGUUUGCGGGUAAGCACUGAAUCCAAUGACCGGGGUAAUAGUAUAUCUGUAAAGCGCUUAGAGACAUUGUAUUAAGCGCUACAUAAAAGCGGAAUAUUAUUAUUAUAUAAUGUAUAUAUAUAUAGAGACAUUCAUGCAAACUCAAAUGCUGUGUAAAAUUUAUAUCAUGUACCUUGCUUGAAUGCUCGUAAAUUUCAUCUACAUGUAGUUCUAAAGCUUGAAACAAAUUAUUUACAAUUCAAAUGAUUUUCAUGAUCAUGACAGUGCAAUGAGAUCAUGUAUAAUAUAUAUAUGUGCAAUUAUUCUUGUGCACCUCUGAAGGAAAAUCCCACCUCAAUAGACAACUACAUCUACUCUAAAAGAAAGCAGAAACAACCAGAGAUGCAGACUGGUGAGAGUUUGAAUAAAAUCAGACAAAAACUAAACAGUUAUUAUUAUUUUUGAUUUGUAAACCACUAUAGGUAUGGGCAAUUUUAAAAAGCUAAAUAAGUAAUGUAACUAUGGCGUUGUGCUGGACAACUUUCCCAUUUGUUUCAUACACACAGAAGGACCACCAGUAUAAUGUCAGUUUUUCAAAAUGUAUGCUGCAGGAGGGUCUAUUUGAGUACCGCCCCGAAAGGAGAAGGCACUUAGGAGAAAAACAGACAUUAUAAUUUUAGUGCACAACAGGAGAGUUGUCUAUGACUAUGUCACAAUCCACUGACCAAAUUGCCAAUUUGAGAUUUACAUAGAUUUGGUGAUUUCAUUGUUCAAUGAUUCAUAUUAAGUCUCUUGUUGUUAUUGCUCAAGUUAUUUCAAACUUUUGCCAUUCAGUUUACCUUUUAUUUCUGCUUUCAUACAUAUCUUCUACAAAGGUAGGAUUGCCCUUUAAGACUAAUGAAUAAAUCACAUGACAUUUACUGCCAGGAGAUAUUCUUAAUUUUUGUCGUAAUCUUGUUCUGUUUUCAUUUUUUUAUUUGUUCUUUUCUCGAACAGGGUUACCCUUUUUGGUUAUCUUUUAGUGGCAUUAAAUGUAAUUUUAUUUGAUAAGAGAAUAAGCCAGUUCGUAAAUACUAUCUGCGCAUCGGCAGCUCAGAUAGAGGUAAUUUGUUCCCAAAUUGUAAAACCUAUCGAGACGAAUACUGGUAUUGUGCUCAUGAAAGUUAAUGUAAUCAGUAUUCAUUUAUGCAACAACAGUACAUUUGUCUGAUACACAGGUGGAAGUAUUCUUCUCAAGAGGCAAUCGAAAGGUAUUCAUGAAGCACCUCCAUCACUUCGGCAGUGAUUAUUCUGAAGUGUACAAGUGGGACGUAUCCAUCGUGUAAAAGAUCUAUGGAUAUUUUGGGGUCAUGCGUUCCGAAGCUAUUUACGAACUGGCUUAUACAUGAAGUCAUAUCUUAGGUACUUACUAAACCUUAAGAAUUCUAUUUAAUUCUCUUUAUGGAACAUGCAUUGGUUGUAAAUUAAAUUAUUUGAUAUCAGUAUUACUAUUUGUUAGACUUUCUGUUUUAUACUGGACAUGUAUGUUUUUGUCAUCUUUUAGAUCAGUACACUUUAAAGAAAAAAGUGUGUAUAAAAUCUUGCAAUGUUUCCUUCAUUAUAAAUGUAUUUACAGGACACCUCAUGCUGCAGAAUUUCUGCCCAUAUUUUGUGAUUUUGAGUCAAAUUAAUAAAAUGUAUAUUCUAUUAUUCAAA